AGCAGUGUGCUCGCUCUGAACGCACGGUCAAACGCAAACACUCUUUACAUGUCCCAGGCCCACCGUGAUACUCGUAGAUAGGAGCUUCGGAUUGGAGCGCAUAUUCGUUACCCCUUCUAAUUUUUCUGAUUGUUGGCGUAGUUACUAGAAAGCUAGUACUCGUAAUGGCGACGGCUGCGGUGUCUGCCCCUGCUGGCUGCGGCCCCAGCCCCGGGCCAGGUACGGAGCUCGUCCGCGGGCAGGCCUUCGACGUCGGGCCUCGCUAUAGCAACCUCUCGUACAUCGGGGAAGGAGCCUACGGCAUGGUGUGCUCUGCCUAUGACCGGGAUAACAAAAUUCGUGUUGCUAUUAAGAAAAUCAGCCCCUUCGAGCACCAGACGUACUGCCAGCGUACUCUCCGAGAGAUCAAGAUCCUGCUGCGCUUCAAACACGAGAACAUCAUUGGAAUCAACGACAUCAUCCGCGCUCCCUCCAUUGACCAGAUGAAGGACGUUUAUAUUGUCCAGGACCUGAUGGAAACUGACCUGUACAAGCUCCUCAAAACUCAGCACCUGAGCAACGACCACAUUUGUUACUUUCUGUACCAGAUUCUACGAGGUCUCAAAUACAUCCACUCCGCCAAUGUCCUGCACCGCGAUCUCAAGCCCUCCAACCUCCUGCUCAACACCACAUGUGAUCUCAAGAUCUGUGAUUUUGGUUUGGCCCGUGUGGCUGACCCUGACCAUGACCACACUGGUUUCCUCACAGAAUAUGUAGCCACACGCUGGUACAGAGCACCCGAGAUCAUGCUCAACUCCAAGGGCUAUACAAAGUCCAUAGACAUCUGGUCAGUUGGCUGCAUUCUAGCAGAGAUGUUAUCCAACCGACCAAUUUUCCCUGGAAAGCACUAUCUGGAUCAACUUAACCACAUAUUGGGAAUUCUUGGCUCUCCUUCUCAAGAAGAUCUCAAUUGCAUCAUCAACAUUAAAGCCAGGAACUACUUAUUGUCUCUUCCACUGCGCUGCAAAGUUCCCUGGAAUCGUCUCUUCCCCAAUGCUGACCCUAAAGCCUUGGAUCUGCUGGACAAAAUGUUGACCUUUAACCCUCACAAAAGGAUCGAGGUGGAGGAGGCUCUAGCACAUCCCUACUUGGAACAGUACUAUGAUCCCACAGAUGAGCCUGUUGCUGAGGCACCAUUUAAAUUUGACAUGGAGCUAGAUGAUUUACCCAAAGAGACACUAAAGGAGCUCAUCUUUGAAGAGACUGCACGUUUCCAGCCGGGCUUUAGGUCCUAACACCCUUCACUGGAAUCUGUGGACUGGCAUCUGGAUUGCCACUGCUCCUCCCCACUUCUACUACAUCGCAGUAACUUUUGGUUAUACCUUAAUUUCCUCUUUUGUUGUCCUAAUCAUCUGGACCCCUUCCCUGGUCUCGCGUGUCAAGGUCACUUUGCUCAGGAAUGGCGAUCGGACUCGACAAAUCAGUCAUUUUGUGUGACACUGUUGGAGGUGAGGGGAGGAGGGGGUCAUAUCACAGGUUACAGUCUGGGGUGGUAUUUGUUUCAAAGCCACGAUCAACCAUUGUCUGCGUCAUUGUCAAAGGCUGUGCGGCUCUGGCUAUUCCCUGUGCACCUUUUGUUUAGUGCGGUCAUAAACUAGCUGUUGUGCUGUGGUGACUUUUAAACAAGCAAGCAACGUUACUCAAUCAUCAUCUUUAGUAUUUCAUUGCCUGUCACACUGUUCGAAUAGAGGAUGUAUAUUUUCUUGUUUAUAGGAAAACCAACUGAUUUAUGCAAACAAGUCAGAGUUAGCCAGAGACCUCAUGGGCCAAAAGCCAUCUCUGAAGAGGUUUCACUCUUCUAAAGCUGUCUAUUUGAUCAUAGUUUAUGUAUUUUAAAUAUUUGACACACACAAUAAUGCCCCAAAACAAAUGUAUACACAAACAUAUAAACAUAUAUAUAACAUAAAAGUCUUAAAUAUUUUAAUGGAAUAUGUGCAGUUAGAAGAUAAAUUGGGAGUAUCUAUGCUUUAUUUUCUGCGAGUAUCUAUUCAAAUGCCCUUGUUUGUUUUUGUAUUGACUUCCAGUUGAAGUGAAGUUAAUGGAAAAUCAAGUAAACACAAACUAAGCUUGUGCUGUGGGUUUUGCCUUGGCUUUGAGAAAGCUGUCUGCUUGCUUCUUUCCGAGCUGUGUUCACCGUGGUUUAAUACAGAGAAAAGUUUCUAUGUCAAAAACAUGGUUGUGCCUACCCUUUGUUUCGUUUUUCAGUCUCUUUUCCACCUUGUGGGAAUUCUACUGUGCCCUUUGCAUGACUGUUAUAAGCUCUGUAUACAAAGAUGACAAUGUUAAGUGCCACUCAAGCCGGGCCAGCCCAUCGUGGAGUGCCUGCGCUCUUUUAGUUCUACCUUUGUGGUAUAUCACACUUUCCGAUCACAUGGUGCUUUUGUCCUCUUUUGCUUCAUUUUGUCUUUGUUGUAAUACAAAAACAGUUCCCUCUCUUUUUAAGGUUUGCAUGUAAAUCUUUUUGUAAAAGGAGAAUAACCAUGCACACGCACACACACACACACACACACACACACACACACAUAUAGUAAUGCCAAUUACAAAACUUUUUUUCUGUAUUUGAGUGAAAUGAAGUAACUUUGCACAUAAAUUUACUUAUUGUUAUUGUUAUUAUUAUUAUUAUUAUUAUUGCUGAGUGUCAGUAGUACCAAGUAGAAAAUGGACAAUACCACAUUUUCACAGCUCUUAACUGCUAAUUGAAGACUGUUUAACAAAAAAAUUGUAAUUACACAUACAUUUUGAAGUUACAUCUUUAAAUGAAUUGGCUAAUUUUCAAGCCUCCAUGUUGUGUAUUUUUUCCUAAUCUUUUGGUACGUCAUCAAUUCAGUAUUUGUUUUUUUAUUUUUCACUUGUAACAUUGUGAAAUGCAAAAAAUACAUCUUAACAAAACCGAUGAAUUCAACUCAAAUUCAAGCACUUAAUUAAAACAGUUCAAAGCUAUUUUUAAAAACCUAUUUAUGGUCUACAUUAUUUUCCUCACAACUUCAUUACAUGUUCCAUAUGAACAUUUUCACUUUUAAUAACUGUUGGUUUUGUUUCCUGUGCUUUCUGUAUUAACAAGUUUAUUCAAAUAGAUUAUUUGUUGGUUUAAAAUGCUAAAUAAUUUUGUAAUGUGGAAUAUUUGUUUUGGUCUAAAUCAUUGACAAUUAACUCUUUGAAAACUUCAUGAAUUGUCAUGCAAUCAUGUAAAUUGGCAUUUUGCACAAAGCAGAAAUGAUGUAAAUCUUGUACUGUUUAAAUUAAUCUGAAUGAAUUGCUUGAAAGUAAUCAUGUAUCCAUGAAUUCUCAAGUGUGUCUUUACAGCAUGUCCAAGGUUUUCAAAUUACUUUUUUUCUGUGGGUUAACUUGGGAAGCUAAUGUAAAAUUGGAAGUUUGCCUGGUCGACUUUUAUUUUGUCGCACGUUUUUAAACAGGACAUACUGACGUUGUGCAGAGGUUUACCAAUGUAAUGCCAUUUUUGACCAAAAUUUAUUAGAUUUUUAUUUUUUAUUUUUUUCAAAAACACUGCUCUUACCAAGUUCAUCUGAUGUGAGAUUUCAGGUUGAAAUGCCUCUAAUGAUCCUCACCUUUGCUCUAGACAGUACAUCUGUGUAUCCGUUUGAAAUGCACUUCUUCUGCAGUAGUUGGGGCUUGUAAUCCGAGGUGCCUGCCGGGACUUGACUGAUCUGUAGAUAGUCUUUUCCGUGUUCAGUGAGAGGGCACUAGAAACCUGGGAUUAGUUGUUUUAAGCUUCAGCUGACUCUAUGUGCAACCUGUCUGUCUGUGCCUUUUUGAUAGUCUUGAUAUCCAAGAUUUGAUGUGCAGCUUUUGUUUAGUCGGGGACUUGUUGCAGAUAAGAUAUGCUCUAUGAAAAUGAACACAAUCAAAGAGGGGCGGGAGGCAUGGCGGGUGGGAAUGCUUUUUCAUUUCUGUAAAAUUUUAAGAGAUGUGUUGCCACAACCGUGAUUUGUGACUAUAUUGAAAAAAAAUGAAACAAACAUUUAUAUUUUUGAUGCUUUCCUUAUUCCUUGAGCCUUUCUUUUGAUGUUUUGUGCAAAUAUUUUUAUUGUAAAAAUGAAUGUUAUGUUUCUAUCAGACACUAAUCUUGUUUGAAAUGUCUUCAGUGGAACUACUUCACUCUGUAUGUUUUGAUCAAUAUAAACCUUUAAUUGUGUACUUAACACUUUGAAGAAAAGAGGUCUUUGGUUGUAUUUUAAAAAUGUUCUGUUAGACCUGCCAUAGUAAUUGUUUGAAAUGAGUCAAGUUUUACUUUGCUGUUGUGUGAAGGAUUUGACUUGAACGAAGCAUUUCUUUGCUAUUAAAAACUGUCACUUUGAA